GCGACAGAUAUGACCGAAACGAACGGUAUUAUCAGAAUAGGAAUGACAAUGAGUUCUCCCGUCGUUUCACUUCCCGUCGUCUCAACCACAUCAAACGACAACACUCAAAUUCGCGUUGCUUCGAAACAGAAAGAAUGGAACAAAGCCAUAAGCACAAGCAUUCGUUCUCGUCUCAGUAAACUAUGCCGACAAGGCCAACCCCACCUCGCUCGCCACCUCCUCGAAACUCUCCCCCGCCCCUCCACCGUCGUCUGGAAUUCUGUCAUCAUCGGAUUCGUAUGCAACAACAUGCCUCUCGAAGCUCUUCUCUUAUACGCUCAAAUGAGGAAAUCCUCACCUCAUAUUCGUUUCGAUCCUUACACUUUCUCUUCAACUCUCAAAGCUUGUGCCCUAACCAACGACGUUGUUACCGGUAAAGCUAUUCACUCUCAUUUUCUUCGUUCUCAUUCAAAUUCAAUUUCAAACCCUGGUCCUAGUAGAAUUGUUUACAAUUCUCUAUUGAAUAUGUACUCUUGUUGUCAACAUGAUUAUGUCCUCAAAGUGUUUGCUGUUAUGCGUAAACGAAAUGUCAUCGCUUGGAAUACCUUGAUUUCUUGGUAUGUUAAGACCAAUUGCUAUCAUCAAGCGCUUAGUGCUUUUGAUACUAUGAUCAAUCUCAAUAUAACGCCUACUCCUGUUACUUUUGUUAACCUCUUCCCUGCAUUAUCUAAACUCGGUGAUUCCAGAAUUGCCCACUUGUUUUAUGGAUUUCUUCUCAAAUUUGGUGAUGAGUAUGUUAAUGAUGUGUUUGUUGUUAGUUCUGCAAUUCUCAUGUUUGCCGAUCUUGGUUGCAUGGAUUAUGCUCGUAAGGUUUUUGAUCAAUGUUCUAAUAAAAAUACUGAGAUUUGGAAUACUAUGAUUGCUGCUUAUGUUCAAAAUAAUCUCCCUGUUGAAGCAAUUGACGUGUUCAUUCAAGCAUUGGAGUCAGAGGAGGAGGAGGGUAUAUGCGAUGAUGUAACUUUUCUUUCUGUUAUUACUGCUGUUUCACAGCUGCAGCAAGUCAAAUUGGCUGAGCAGCUGCAUGCAUUUGUUGUAAAAAGUUUGCCGGUUUCACCGAUUAUAAUUCUCAAUGCUGUAAUUGUUAUGUACUCAAGGUGCAAUCUUGUUAAUACUUCGUUUAAGGUUUUUGAUAAGAUGUUAGAGAGGGAUGCUGUUUCGUGGAAUACCAUAAUAUCUGCCUUUGUACAGAAUGGUUUCGAUGAGGAAGCGCUUAUGCUUGUGUGUGAGAUGCAGAAGCAAAGGUUUUUGAUUGAUUCUGUUACCGCAAGUGCCCUUCUUUCUGCAGCUUCUAAUCUUAGGAAUUUGUAUAUUGGAAGGCAAACUCAUGCAUAUCUGAUUCGCCGCGGGAUACAGUUUGAGGGGAUGGAGAGUUAUCUGAUUGAUAUGUAUGCAAAAUCCGGCUUGAUUAGAACUUCUGAAUUGUUGUUUGAGAAGAACUGCUCUAGUGAUAGAGACCAGGCCACAUGGAAUGCUAUGAUUGCUGGUUAUACUCAGAAUGGGCUCAAUGAGAAAGCUAUUCUCCUUCUUAAAGAGAUGUUGGUGCACAAGGUACUACCAAAUGCAGUGACCUUGGCAUCAAUUCUUCCUGCUUGCAAUUCAAUGGGAAGCAUGGGAUUUGUUAGGCAACUUCAUGGAUUCUCCAUACGUCAUGUCUUGGAGAAAAAUGUUUAUGUGGGAACUGCCUUAACCGACACGUACUCCAAAUGUGGCGCAAUUAGUUAUGCUGAAAAUGUCUUUGUGAGAACACCUGAGAAAAAUUCGGUCACAUACACCACAAUGAUGAUGUGCUACGGUCAACAUGGGAUGGGUAAGAGAGCUCUUACAUUGUAUGAUUCUAUGCUGAGAUCUGGCAUUAAGCCCGAUGCAGUUACUUUUGUUGCCAUCUUGUCUGCUUGUAAUUAUACUGGAUUGGUUGAUGAAGGCCUUCAAAUAUUUGAAUCAAUGGAGAAAAUACAUAAAAUCAAGCCCACAAUUGAACAUUAUUGUUGUGUUGCAGACAUGUUAGGGAGGGUUGGGAAGGUGGUUGAAGCCUAUGAGUUUGUCAAGGGAUUGGGUGAGGUUGGCAACACAAUGGAAAUUUGGGGAUCUCUUCUCGGGGCUUGCAAAAAUCAUGGGCAUUUUGAAUUGGGAAAAGUUGUUGCCAAAAAAUUGCUAAAUAUGGGUACGGAGAAAAGGAUGGCAGGAUAUCAUGUUCUGCUCUCAAAUAUUUAUGCAGAGGAAGGAGAGUGGGAAAAUGUUGACAGAGUUAGAAAGAAGAUGAAGGAAAAAGGCUUGCAAAAGGAAACGGGAUGUAGUUGGAUUGAGAUAGUUGGGUUUGUAAACUGCUUUGUAUCUAGAGACGAGAAGCACACUCAAAGUGAUGAGAUAUAUAAUAUGUUGGACAAGUUGACUCUGGACAUGAAAGAUGCGGGUUACAAGCCACUUUACAGCUCAAAUUUUAAUGAUUUUGGAUUCUGAUGAAUGAAUCGAAUAAUUAUUACAAGUUUUAUCAAAGUGAGAUGUUGGUUGCUUUAUGGUGGGCAGUUGUCACGAAAGUGAGUUGCUUUCUUGGUUAAAAUAGUCACAGGAUCAAGUAUAACUGAUGAUAGUCUCAUGACCUGCAUAAUUGUAUCGAAUGUUCACCACAACAGCCAUAGGUUUGAAACAGAUUGUAAUUGGUGAACAAAAGAAUCAAUUCAUGUAUUUAUAUAUACAUAGGAUUAUGCAAACUCCUCUGUUAUAAUUACGUUACAUCUAGAAGUGCCUAAGAAGGCAUGAUGAGUGGCUUAAUUUGACACUUCCAGAUAAACUACACAAUUGUACAUUGUAACAUUUAGCCUCUUUACUUUGACAUGUAUAACUACCCAAUGGGUCUGACUCCUGGCAAACUGUAAAUUCAAUGGUGUAUGUAUAGAACAGGAUACCAUGUAUGCUGAUAGCCGUUUAUAUUGGAAUUGUACCAUUAUACAAGUUUUGUUUGUGACUACUGUAUUUGGGUUU